AUGCGUCUCCGCACUUCCCUUGGCGUGGCCUCUGCCUGCGCCUCCGUUGCAUCUGCAGCGCUGAAGGUCACGGAGGACAACAGUACAAUCACCCUGGCCAAUGACCGAUUGACAUCCACCUUUGCGAAAGAUAAAGGUCGCGUCUCGGAGCUCUUCCUCGAUGGCCAGGACCUUCUUGGGCCCAUAUCGGGCAAUACCGGUGUUGGUCCGUAUCUUGAUUGCUACUGUAUACCCUCCGGCUUCUACACUGCUGGCAGUACCGACCCUCGUUUGGAGGUAGUCCAGGGAACCGAUUCGACUGGGACAAAAUAUGCUGGCGUCAUCUUAAACGACACAUACACGCCGACAGGACAGCAGUUUCAGCAAUAUUGGUUCCUCCGAGACGGCGAGACCGGUCUGCAUACGUUUAGCCGCUUGGCGUACUACAACGAGACGACACCGUUUUUGCGCAACUUGCAAGAAUUUCGAACUCUCUUCCGCCCAAAUACUGAGCUAUGGACACACCUGACAUCCAGUGAGGCUCAGACGGCUCCCCUCCCCAGCAAGGAAGCAAUCGCGAACGAGGUUGUCGUGCAGGAUGCAACGUGGCGCUUCAACAAUACCCCGAAUGAUGCAUACUACACUCAAUUCUCGGAGUAUUUCACCAAAUAUACCUUCUCUAACUGUAUGGGCCUCUUUAAAACAUACUGGUAUGCUGCAUCAGCUAAUUUGCAAUAG